AGGCCUCAAUUGGGCCCUAAACGCCGAAGACGUCCCAAACAAUAAGACUUUCAAUUGUCUCCAUUUUUGUUUUCUCCGAGGAAGCGAAGAGAGACCACAAGAAACAACAAUGGACGAUAUGAAGAAGAGGAAGAUGGACAACGAUGGAGAGAUGUCAACGCAGGAAGACCUUCGCUUGCUGCUCGAACCCCUUGCUAAAUCCCAGCUCGUUGAUCUUCUCUCUAGACUAGGGUCCCAAUAUCCGUCAAUUGCUGAAGAAAUUAAAAGUUUAGCGAGUGCAGAUCCUGUUCAUCGAAAGCUUUUUGUUCGUGGCUUAGCCUGGAAUACCUCUUCAGAAACCUUGUGUGAUGCAUUUCAAGUGCAUGGUGAAAUAGAAGAAGGGGCUGUGAUAUAUGACAAAGCAACUGGAAAAUCACGUGGUUAUGGGUUCAUUACUUACAAGCAUAUGGAGUCAGCUCAGAGUGCACUAAAAGCGCCAAGCAAAUUGAUUGAGGGCCGGCUGGCUGUCUGUAAUCUAGCUUGUGAGGGGUUAACUGGGGCAAGUACAACACCUGAUCUAGCCCAGAGGAAGCUCUAUAUUGGGGGCUUGUCACCAGAAGUCACAAGUGAGAUGCUUUUAAAUUUUUUUGGAAGGCAUGGGGAAAUAGAGGAAGGAUCAGUUGCAUAUGACAAAGAUACAAAUGAAUCACGUGGGUUUGGUUUUGUUACAUACAAGACAGUUGAGGCUGCAAAAAGGGCAAUUGAUGAUCCACAAAAAAUCCUUGGGGGGAGAACCAUCAUUGUGAAGCUUGCUGAUUCACACAAGGGCAAACCUGUUCAAGCACAAUUACCUUCGACUGUGGUUCCUGUAGCACUAUCCAUGGCAGCUGGUUAUCCACAGCCCGGGAAAGCCUAUCCAAGUGCUGCCCCUGCUGGCUAUACAUAUCCACAAACUGUAGCCUCAUACCCUGCUACUUCCUACCCUAGCCCCCCUAUGGCGCCUGGACCAUACACUACACAACUGCCAAUUCCAUAUGCCACAGCUUCUGCAAAGAAGGAUCCACAAGGGAUACCACCAGCUGCACCCAUGGGAAUGGCUGGUUACCCAUAUUAUAUUGGCAAACAAUGAUUCAAGUCCCAAUGGAAGCAUGGUGGAAGCUCCAGUUAACCUUUGUUUUUUAAUGGGACAUCACUACUCUUAGGUUUGUAUCUCAUGUAGCAUCAAGGACUCUCUUUAGUUUAAAUUGAUAGUUCCAACUCAUGAUUUUGCACAUCAAGUGACAAUAGGAUUAGGGGAGAGUUAAAUUUUGGUCUUUGUUUCAUCAAGUUAUUAGAAUUUCAGUAAUGUUGAGUGCAAUUAGUUAGUUGAUGCACGUUAAUGUCUAAAUUCCAAGCAAUAAUGAAGCUCUUUGUUUUGC